AAGCCGCGGGGUCUUCUAAACCAGAAAGUCUCCGGAGCUUGCGCUAAGCUAUUUGCGGCGCCCCCCACUUACACGCAGGUCUCAGAAACAGGCGGGGGGAAAAGGCGUCGUACCUGGAGCUGAGACCAGGCGGCCGGAGUCCUCAGGGAUGAACCUCGAGUUGCUGGAGUCCUUUGGGCAGAAUUAUCCAGAGGAAGCCGAUGGAACUUUGGAUUGUAUCAGCAUGGCCCUGACUUGCACCUUUAACAGGUGGGGCACACUGCUUGCAGUUGGCUGUAAUGAUGGCCGAAUUGUCAUCUGGGAUUUCUUGACAAGAGGCAUUGCUAAAAUAAUUAGUGCGCACAUCCAUCCAGUUUGUUCUUUAUGCUGGAGUCGAGAUGGUCAUAAGCUCGUGAGUGCUUCCACUGAUAACAUAGUGUCACAGUGGGAUGUUCUUUCAGGCGACUGCGACCAGAGGUUUCGGUUCCCUUCACCCAUCCUAAAAGUCCAGUACCAUCCACGAGAUCAGUAUGUUAUUUUGGUCCUAAAAACAGAUUCUCAGGAUCUUGUUGCUUCCUUCAGAGUAACAACUGGAACAAGCAAUACCACAGCUAUUAAGUCCAUAGAGUUUGCCCGGAAGGGGAGUUGCUUUUUAAUUAACACAGCAGAUCGGAUAAUCCGAGUUUAUGAUGGCAGAGAAAUCUUAACUUGUGGAAGAGAUGGAGAGCCUGAACCCAUGCAGAAGUUACAGGACUUGGUAAAUAGGACCCCGUGGAAGAAAUGUUGUUUCUCUGGGGAUGGAGAAUACAUAGUGGCUGGUUCAGCCCGGCAGCAUGCCUUGUACAUCUGGGAGAAAAGCAUUGGCAACCUGGUGAAGAUUCUCCAUGGGACGAGAGGAGAACUCCUCUUGGAUGUAGCUUGGCACCCUGUUCGACCCAUCAUAGCAUCCAUUUCAAGUGGAGUGGUAUCUAUCUGGGCACAAAAUCAAGUAGAAAAUUGGAGUGCAUUUGCCCCAGACUUCAAGGAGUUGGAUGAAAAUGUAGAAUAUGAGGAAAGGGAAUCAGAGUUUGAUAUUGAAGAUGAAGAUAAGAGUGAGCCUGAGCAGACAGGGGCUGAUGCUGCCGAGGAUGAGGAAGUGGAUGUCACCAGCGUGGACCCAAUUGCUGCCUUCUGUAGCAGUGAUGAAGAGCUGGAAGAUUCAAAGGCUCUAUUAUAUUUACCCAUUGCCCCUGAGGUAGAAGAUCCGGAAGAAAAUCCUUAUGGCCCCCCACCGGAUGCUGUCCAAACCUCCCUGAUGGAUGAAGGGGCUAGUUCAGAGAAGAAGAGGCAGUCUUCAGCGGAUGGGUCCCAGCCACCGAAGAAGAAACCCAAAACAACCAAUAUAGAACUUCAAGGAGUACCUAAUGAUGAAGUCCAUCCACUACUGGGUGUGAAGGGGGAUGGCAAAUCCAAGAAGAAGCAAGCAGGCCGGCCUAAAGGAUCAAAAGGUAAAGAGAAAGAUUCUCCAUUUAAACCGAAACUCUACAAAGGGGACAGAGGUUUACCUCUGGAAGGAUCAGCGAAGGGUAAAGUGCAGGCGGAGCUCAGCCAGCCAUUGGCAGCAGGGGGAGCAAUCUCAGAACUGUUAUGAAGACGCUUGAAGUUCUUCGUUCUUCCCCACUUUGGCAUCAUGUGGCCUCUGGACACUGUGGUCAGUCAUUUGAGAUUGACUUUAAUUUAAAACAAAGGCCUCUCCCUCCAACCCAGGAGGUGGAAGGAGUGCAUCGUAUAUUUGAAUGACGAAGUGAAUUAUGGAAGAAGAGUACACGGCCCUUCCCUUUCAAGCAUAAGUCCAAAUAGGCUCUCAGGAAUGAGGAUUUGUGAAGACAUCAAACAGGAGUUUUGACUCAUUCAGACUUCAGUGCUUAGUUAUGUGGCUGGAGAAAAGAGACCAGUUUUGCUCAUCUAACUAUUGUGCCCAGGAUCAUUUUGACCUGACAUUUCCUAUCCUAUUUGCCUUCCAUCCUCCGUGCAUGUCCUCGAGUGACUUACUCUCAUCUGAAGUUUUGCUGCCGGUAUCCUAGAAAAACUUCUGUUGCAUAUUCUGUCUUCCAUUUUUAAACUUAACUCUCUCACCAGAUACCUCCUAUAUUUCCCUAUUGUGUACAGAGGAUGGGCAGAAAAGAAAGUGCUCGAAAGCUUUCAAGUUUUCAGAAAGGGAAGAAAGAGAAGAAAGGCCCCCUCUUCUUGGCAUACCCAAUUUUGCUCCAGAAGCUGGGCUGUAAGAGGGUCAGGGUUUUUCUUUGUUUUCCUUCCAUUGCAUGUUUUCCUCCAGUAGUGGUUCAUUCUCAUUAAUCAUGGUUUUUGAAGAUAGCGAGUUUCAUCUAUCUGCAGCAAAGAAUCAUCAGUAGUUCAUAUUGCUUCACCUGUGCUGGUGUCCAGAGAGGGAAACAAACCAAGGGGUCUCUCCACGAGCUUCUUUUUUAUUGGGGUGGGGGAAUCUAUGCAAGGACUAAAGUCAAACCGUCCACAAUCAAAGCAGCAACAACACAGUUCAAAUCAAAGAUCAAGGAAAAAAAAUUUUUUUUUAUCGCGUGUGGAUCUCUGUCCCUUCCCUUUUGUUGUGACAUUUUCCCCUUGUAUCCCCGCUCCUCCGUACGACAUGUUUUCAGUCUCUUCCUUUCUGUGAAAGGUUGCUUAGUUUUUUAAAAAAUUUUUUUACUUCCUGCUCCUUGCUUUUGCUGUUCUUUAUAUACAAAGUAGCAGAUAGGAUGGACGUGUACAUGAGGUGUUUGAAAUUCUCUGAGAAUUCUCUGAACCCAGAGUCCCAGGUGUGGAGAGGACUCUCUGCAGAGCUUUUAGCUGACCUGGGCUGUCGGUGCGGCAUCCUCCGGGGAGAGUCCCGCCAACAGCUGGGUGCUCCUGUGGGCAGCCCCACACGAGUGGGUUACCUUUGGGAUUUUAGGAUAGCAAUCAAAGUAGACUUACAUCAGGAAGAGCCUCUUUCUCCUGCUCCAUCUUUUAGAACCAAAAUAUUCCGUAGUUGAAGUAAGAGCUCCCCCUGAGUCAGUUGCGAAAUGCCUGUAUUUUUAGCCACCACGGCUUUUUUCGGCUUUUUUCCUUAAAUGCUCAUUUUGUGAAUUUCAUUUCUUAUUUCACAUCCUACCAGUGGUUGAGAUUGGCAGGUGGCUCACUGGACGGGUUUUUUGUUUUGCACACAUUGUUUCCAUUCCAUUUCUCUGUGGACGUGCACCGCGAUCUCGAUCUUGCACAAACUGUGAUACAGAAGGUCUCUGCCCUACUUACAGGGGCAGAGUAGCUCGGUGUCCUCUGCCUGUGUGUUGGGAUGUUUCUGCCAUGUCCGGACACCUCCUCGACUGGCUCCUGAGAAGAUCAGCUUCAGCCCUGCCAGAUGGUGUCUGGCAGCACUUCCUAAUAAUUAUUUAUGCUUUGGGAAUUUUUUUCAGCUCCUGAAACCUUCUAUCCAGUUUGAUUUUUUUCUCAAUAUGUACAAUAUAUGCGUAUUCUCUUUUGUCAUUCCUCCCCCCCAUCCGCCCCAUCCCGCCAUUUCAUUUUUUUAAUGUUCCAUAGUUUUGUACAAGACGAGACUUAGCCUUGGGUUACUUCUUGCUGAAGCUUUAAUGCUUUGUAAAUAAAAUCGGAUGUUUAUUAAA